AUGGGGCCAGAGAUAUACGUCAUUCUCCAAAGGCAGUUUGAGUGUCGCCCACAGGAAACUGCCCUCCCUCCUUUGCUUUGCCCAUGGUUUCCCGUCCACACCAAGUUGUACUUUCUUCCUUCUGCCAAUACGAUCCUCCCUCUUGGACACCAUCCACCUUCCCCUCCAUGUCCAUUCCCAUCACCAUUGCCAUUUCCUCCUCUUUGGGAGGCAGCCCCACUUCAGCGAAUUGACUGUGGUCAAAGCCUCAUAUUUUUAUCCGCUUUUGCUGCGGCAAGAGCUGAGCGCUUUGCGAGUUCCUUCGUUCUCACUGCGUUGGCUGGUUUGGUGGAGGGGUUUGUGGAUUGGUCUUCGUUCUCUGCUUCGAGAACUUCCGUGACGAGGCUGGAGGGGAAGCUGGCGGAGCAGAAGAAGCCGGAGGCGUCAGCGCCCGCCGGGAAAUUCGCAUCGGGGAAGAGGCUGCAGGCGGCCAACAAGAGCAGAAGGAAGCAGAAGAAGCCUGGGCAGAUGCCGUCCGUCGUGCAGAGGCUGUUCGAGACGUGCAAGGAGGUCUUCGCGGAAGGAGGGGACGGGAUCAUCCCCUCGCUGGAGGAUGUCAAUCGUCUUCGGUCCGUUUUGGAUAAUGUAGGCCCCUCAGAUGUUGGCCUUACUCAGAAUAUGCCAUAUUUUCAAAACAGUUCAUCUGCAGGAACUCUGUCGGUUACAUACUUGCACAUUUACGAGUGCCACAAGUUCUCGAUAGGCAUCUUCUGUUUGCCUCCAUCAGGUGUCAUUCCUCUUCACAAUCAUCCAGGGAUGACUGUGUUCAGCAAGCUUCUUUUCGGUUCCAUGCACAUCAAAUCAUAUGAUUGGGUUAAUGUGCCUCAGAACUCUGAUGAGAUUGUCAAUUCCUUGCACUAUCAACAUCCAGGAUUGCGAUUGGCAAAGGUAAAGACUGAUGCCAUCUUUACAGCGCCUUGCAAGGCCUCUGUGCUUUAUCCAGAAGAUGGAGGAGAUGGGAAGUUGGCAGCUGAUGAGGAUGAGGUGUAUGCUUGGCUUGAAGAGAGGAAGAAACCUGAUGACUUCUUAGUAGUUGGGGCAAGAUAUAGCGGCCCAAGAAUUAUGGAACGAUGAUGACAGCUGAAAUGAUGCUGCAGUCUUGCUGCUAGAAGGAAAGAUGCUGUUAGUGUGUGUAGAUACAGAAUCCUGACAUCAGAGAGGUCUGCUUAUGCUACAAUAGAUCUUUGAUGUGCCCAUUACUUGAAUCUGUAAUCAUUUCUGGAAGAGAACAUUUCAUACUAGUUUGCUUCAAUAAAUUUGAUUUUGAGAA